ACAGACCCCUCUUGCAAAGUUUAAAAACUGAGGUCAAAAAGUCUGCUGGACUGCACACCGUCUGUCGUCAUUUUAGCAUGCAGACGAGUUAGACUGAUAGGUUGUAACCUCGGCGAAGAUAUAAAGCUGAAGGACCAGAGGAAACAUCAUUUCCCGUAAUUUUAACACGGGGUCAGUUUGAACAUUCGUAUAUAAAUACCUGUGUUUGGAAAAAAAUCUACUGACGAAAUUGAGAUUUAAAAAUGGCUGGAAAACGGCUCCUAGGAGAACUGGUUCCAUUUUUCUUGCUUAUGCUAGCUUUUCAAGUGGCAUUAGCUGGAAGAGAUCGGAAAUUUGGAGGUAGGCCCAAUCAAGGGAGAGGUUCUUUCCAUCCAAAUCGACAAGGACGGAAGAAGUUGGACUCGUCUCAUCUAGAUAACAUGGUCGAAGUCUUUAGAAGGAACGUUCUGCGCUUGAGAUCAAACAGAAAACUUGACUUGAUUUUCGUGAUCGAUGCUUCUUACAGUGUGGAGCUGGAAAACUUUAAAGACGAGAUUCGUUUCGUCCAGCGAUUUGUAAGUGGCAUCCCCGUGUCCAUGGAUACGACCAGGGUUGCUGUGAUCACGUUUGCCGACAGCGCACAGACAUGGGUGGACCAAGUUACAGCUGACAAUAUCCACGACCACAAGUGUUCGCUGUUGGGCACAGCUCUGCCUUCUAUCACAUACGCGAGUGGUUCGACAUACACGUAUGGUGGCUUGAAAAGAGCUCAGGCUAUUAUGGACAAUGCCAGAGUCGACUCGAAAAAAGUAAUAAUUUUGAUAACCGAUGGGAGGUCGAACGGUGGAGACCCAAGCAACAUUGCAAAGCGUCUCAGACGUGACGGAACCGAAAUCUUGACUUUCGGAGUAAACUCCGGUAAUGUUGACGAGUUGAAUGAAAUGGCUUCGGAUGAAAAGGAAGACCACGUUUAUAUUCUCAACAGUUUCGCAGACUUCGAGCUUCUAGCGAGGCGCGCUCUACACGCAGACGCCGAGGGAGGCAACUAUAUUGUUGAAGAUGACUCACAUUGUCACAAAUAUUGCUCCGGAGGAGGAUGCUGCCAUCCUCUGGGUCAAUGUAGAUGCGGAACCACAACAGGAGUCUAUGAGUGUGUGUGUGAUCCUGGGUUCUGGGGAUUCGGGUUACUUCCUCAUGGGUGUACACCAUGUCCUGUCGGAACAUAUAAGCCAUUCCCGUCUCCCGGUGGCUUGGAAUCGUGCACACCGUGUCCCGACCCUAACAUGUUGUCACCCAACGGCAGCUCAGACGUAACACAAUGUACCUGCAAACCUGGCUUCAGACAGGUCGAGCAACGGUGUGAAGUUAUUCGGUGCCCGGAGUUGAGGGCACCUUUGAACGGCCGUUUUACCGGAAUGGUCUGCGACAACCGAUACAAGUCUCGUUGUGGUUUCGCUUGCGAUCAAGGGUUUGACCUCGUGGGCAGCUCUUCUAUUAAAUGCCGCAUCGAUGGGAACUGGGUUACCAUGGAUGGUGGAACGGUACAGGAAUCUUUCUGCCAAGUUCGAUAUUGCCCGGAACUACCACAAAUUCCACAUGGCAGACUUAAUUGCAGCAAAACUGACAGCUCUUAUCGUACCAUCUGCUACCAGACCUGCAACGAGGGUUUCUUUCUUAUGGGGUCGCCCAGUAGGUCUUGCUUGCACGACCAGCAUUGGAAUGGGGAAGAUUCCAGCUGUCAAGCAAUACGAUGCGAUCCACCUAUAGUACCUAUGGGUGCAACUGUAUCAGAAAAUUGCAGACAAGGCGUUGGACCUCUGCACUAUAGAGACAUGUGUACCUUUACAUGUCCAGAUGGAUAUGCACUGAAUAUACCCAACUCGUUUUCCUGCAUAUUGCCCAAUACAUGGUCGACAGGAUUAGAUACAGCCAGAUGCAUGGAUAUUCAACCCCCAACCGUAGAGUGUCCACACAACAUUGAAACCUUUGCAAGUCCACAAUUAGACUCGGCCAUUGUGACCUGGGAUGCCCCAGUACCUCAAGAUAACUCAAACCAGACUACACUGACACCUCACCCUACCGUCCACCCACCAGCUACGUUCCACAUUGGUGUUUCAACCAUCACAUAUACAGUAGUUGAUGGGGCAGGACUCACGGAUGAAUGCAGUUUCGAAGUUAAUGUAAUCGAUAACCAGCCACCAUUGAUAUCGGAAUGCAACAACCCACCGCCAUUUGUGAUCCCACGGGACCAGUUCAUUGCACAAAACAUAUCUUGGAGGGAACCCACAUUUUCAGACAAUUCUGGUACUGUGUUCAUGAACAGAAGCCACGAGUUUGGAGAUAUGCCGUUUGGACAAACCAGGGUACAAUACACAGCCAGUGAUGCUACAGGAAACUCUCGUACUUGUGUUAUAGUAGUUAGUGUUCAAGAUAACUUCUGCCCUCAGCUGGACGAACCGAAGUACGGCUUCAUAAACUGUGACAUGAAUCUAAACAACUUGAAAGAGUGUUACCACGAAUGCAACAGCCAAAGAUACGGUAUCGCGAUGCAUAGUUACAUGGAAUCUUACCACGUUUGUGAGGACGACGGGGUGUGGCAUCCAGCUGUAAGACUUCCUAUCGACUGUUCCCAUCAGAGAUAUUCCAACGAAUUAAUCAAGGGAUACAGAAUGAGCUACAGACUCACAACAGAGAACACAUGCAAUGACACAAAUUUUCUUGAGUCUGUUCGUUUGCAUUUAGUUGCCCGACUUACACCAAGGGUACCACACUGGUGCAGACCACGCGAGACUGGCAUCAAUUGUACUCUUGUAUCUGUUGAAGUCACAUGCGUUACAGAAGAAGUUAUAGAAGUAACGACUGCAAGCCCAAGUAAUAACUAUGACUACGAUGCAGACGAAUAUUACGACUAUGGUGGAGACGCUGAACGUGAAAGAAGAAAAAGAAGCCUUCGUGGAAAAUUAAGGCAAGCGAAACGGAAAAGACGUUCUCCUCUUAACAGAGGCGACCAGAACUACGACUAUGAACCUGAACCGGCCGAUGCUUACGGCAGCUAUGAGACCCAAACCGAGCCAGUUCCAUCCAACUUUGAACCUAACCCUCCGACCGACCUUAGCAGCUUUUCAUAUACAGAAGAAGAAGCGAUAGCUUUGACAAGGGAGUUCGGAAGAACACAGGAUUCGUUAGAAAUUACCAUCACCAUUAAAGGUGAAAUUGGUUUGAACGACGAGGACGUGGUAGGUAGCAGGAAGAAGCAUGGACAAAUGAGUGAGUUCUUCGGCAGACUGAACGUGGAACCAGAGUUUUCUGGACAACUAAAAAGAUUGGCAGUACGUCACAUCAAUACAUCAGUCACAGCAUUCGUCACUUAUGCGCCAGGAAGUUACCUUCCUUCAGCUAACGAGCUUCAAUGUCCCCUUGGUACAGUACUUCGUGACGCUGCAACGUGUGUCAACUGUCCUGUUGGAACCUACUACGACGUAGCGGUAAUCGAUUGCAUUAGUUGUGAUGUCGGUUUCUAUCAAGACGACGAGGCCCAGCUAUCUUGCAAAGCCUGCCCUCUGCAUACAUCGACGCCAACCAAUCACACACGGUCGCUGGAGGAAUGCAAAAACCUUUGCUCCCUUGGCACCUACUCUCCAAAUGGUCUUGAGGUGUGUGUAGCAUGCGAUAUCCACAUGUAUGCUGAUGUGUACGGUGCAACAGAAUGCACAACAUGCCCGCCGGACACUGGCACCCCGAGUCGAGGAGCUACCAGCUUUAGGCAAUGUGGAGAUCUUUGCCGCCCUGGAUUUGCCUCAUUAACUGGUAUAGAGACUUGUUAUCCGUGUCCUGCUGACACCUAUCAGCCUCAACAAGGAAUGCAAUACUGUUAUAAAUGCCCACCAGAGUGGUACACUGCUGGUACGGGAUCUACUGAACUUUCAGACUGCAUUGGUACAGAAGAAAUUCUUGGCAACUACACUGCCGAGCGUCUCGUUUACACCGACUGUUUUAUGGAACCAUGCGAGAACGGUGGCACUUGUGAGCCAAGCGACGGUGGAUUUGAUUGCAUAUGCCAGCCUGGAUUUAUUGGAACAAAUUGUGAAAUGAAUUUUGAUGAAUGCGCCAGCCACCCUUGUCAGAAUGGUGGAGUGUGUUUGGACUUGGUCAACGAAUUCAGCUGUACAUGUCCUGUCGGUUACGAAGGCGUUACGUGUGCGUUUGAAACGAACGAAUGUGCAUCGAGUCCGUGUUUAAAUGGGGCUAUCUGUACAGAUCUCUUGGCGAGCUUUACCUGUCAGUGCCUCCUGGGGUACAACGGUGUUCUAUGCGAAUAUGACGUGAACGAGUGCGAGAGCUCUCCUUGUGCGAAUGGUGCCGUUUGCAGGGACCUGGUUGCUCGAUUUGAAUGCGUAUGUACGCCAGGUUAUGCAGGCGAACUUUGCGACGUGGAUAUCGACGAAUGCUCGUCUAACCCUUGCCAAAAUGGUGCUACAUGCCACGAUCAAGUAAACGAAUUCAGGUGCGACUGUACAUUGGGGUUCGAAGGAACGUUUUGCGAAGUUAAUCAUGACGACUGCGCUGAUGUUAUUGAUCCGUGUUUAAACGGUGGGACAUGCGUGGAUAUGAUAAAUGCUUACCGCUGCUCUUGCGCACCGACUUUCGCUGGAGAGGCAUGCCAGAAUGAAUUGAUGCCCGAUUUUGACCUCUCAUUUGAACGACCGAACACGUACCACCAUGUCCACAUGAAAGAGGGAAUACACAACAUGACUGAGGUCACAGUCGCUUUUUACGUCAAAUCCAAUCACACCGAAAGUGAGGGAACACCGUUCUCUUACGGCGUCGGAAAAGGACCACUUGCUGACGUGCUGACACUUACCAACCUUGCAGCAUUAACAUUAUACGUCAAUGGAGAAUCAGUGGUAACAGAUGCUCGAAAAAUAAAUGAUGGUCAGUGGUACCAUGUUGUUAUAACAUGGAAGAGUGAAGGUGGUGAAUGGGCAAUCUAUCUUGACCACUUCAGAGAAGUAGGAGGUACUGGGCUGCAGGAGGGGACUGUAAUUCCAGGUGGAGGGGUCCUCGUUAUUGGUCAAGAGCAAGAUUGCCUUGGAGGAUGUUUUUCUGCAUCUCAGGAGUUUAUAGGACGUAUCUCACAAUUCAACCUGUACGACUAUGCAAUGACUCCCACACAAGUUGUUUUUCUACAUCGUAACUGUGAGGGUAACAAAGGAACAGUUCGUGCAUGGCCUGAUGCACUUGGUGGUAUUGUUGGCCAAGUUGAAGUUCUAAGGCCACCUUCCUUUUGUGCCAGUUGCACCCCUAUUGCAAAUGAGGAUAAUUUGGUCCCAACCACAGUGAAUGACUUCACCACGAGGCUGUCCUGCCAGGAAGGUUACAAUCUAAAAGUGAGACGAGGUGCCAACAGUCGUAUAAUAUCAGGUGUAUCGCUAAAGUGUGGAAAUGAAGGAAUAUGGAGAGUAAACGGAAGAGACAAACCAAAUCCUUCAGCACUUUUCUUCUGUUCCCGUAUUCGGUGUGGGAAUUAUCCAGCGGUUGCCAAUGCUGACAUAGAGGCAGUGGGUGUACGGUUCAAUGACACAGUCACUUAUUUAUGCAACACUGGAUAUCAACCGAUUCAACCCCAUGUUAUAACAUGCCAAGCAGAUAAACAAUGGUCUAGCCAUCCACCUGAAUGCACAGAUGUAAAUGAAUGCAUCACCAAUCCAUGUGAUAAAAUGGCAUCAUGUGUUAACUCAGAAGGAAGCUUUACCUGCACUUGCUUGGUUGGAUACUCCGGUGAUGGAUUUUCUUGUCAUUUAAUCGAUUGUGGCUUUCCUGGGGAUUUAUUUCAUGGAGAAAUUAUUGGGUCUAGCUACCUUUACCAAGACACUGUCCUGUACGUGUGUAACGAGGGUUAUUAUCUAUCUGGUGAUACGGAUACAUUAACUUGCUUGGCAGCUGGGUAUUGGGACGGAGUGAGACCACUCUGUGAACCAGUUCAGUGUGAAGAACUUACCCCUGUCAACCAUGGCUCAAUGUUGGUUACCGGGAUUGUUUAUAAAAACAAUGUUACAUACACUUGUGAUGAAGGAUAUUACAUGGUUGGUUUAAACUUUGCUUCAUGUCUUUCUGAUGGAUCUUGGGGUGACAGUAUUCAAGGUGUUGCAACAGAACCCCCUUAUUGCUUACCAGUACCAUGCUCCAAGCCUCCUGAUGUUGUUAACUCAUUUUAUGUACUUAAUGGUAAAGAAGAUUUUGUUUAUGGAAGUUACGUAAGAUAUUUCUGCAUUGCUGGCUACUCUCAAGUUGGUUAUGAUACAAUCUACUGUCAGAGUAAUAGAGAGUGGAGUUCAUUCAAUGAAACAUUCAGAUGUGAUCCACUACCUUGUCCCCAACCUGUUGUCCCAUUAAAUGGAAGAAUAGAAACUGUCCAAUCUGAUGGUGAAACUGUCUCUCAUCCAGCUACCUACACAUACGGACAUUCCAUUGGUUUUGUCUGCAGUGCCGGUUUUAACUUGGUUGGUCAUACCAAAUCAAACUGCAGUGAAACUGGCACAUGGACCACAGAGUCACCACUGUGCGAUGCAGUUCACUGUGGUUUGCCACCUGAAGUGGACUUUGCAACAGUUAGAAUGGAUGAUGGCCCUCAUAAACCGGGCCCACAUUUUCAAAGCACCCUCACCUACACCUGCCAUGCUGGCUUCCAACUUACACAAUCUAGUUCAGAAACACGUUUAUGUGACACAGAUGCAACAUGGUCAGGCACUGAACCUGUUUGUGAAAGGUUAGUAUGUGGAGUCCCACCCCCUAUAACACAUGGUUCACCUGAGUUAAACAUGUCCAUGGUCUUUGAAGAUACUGUUCAUUAUGUGUGUGACUUGGGUUUCGAAAUUACAGAAUCUGCAAAUGUUGAGUGCAUGGUUAAUGGGGAGCUCAGUCCAUUACCACAAUGUACGGCAGUCCCAUGUGGAAGGCCACCAAUAGUUGGUUACAGCUCUGUCGUCUUCACUCACCCCCAUGCAAAGCAUUCAUACCAAAGCCAGGUGGUUUACACAUGCGAACCAGAUUUCAACAUGCAAGGACCUUCCACUAUUGAGUGCAUGCAUUCUGGGGCUUGGUCUCCAGAACCACCUGUAUGUGAACCUAUUCAAUGUAAAAAUCCAGUGUCUCCCCUGAAUGGCUUAACAAUGGUCUCACCAAUUGGUGAACUUGGUCAUCCAGAUUUAUACAGCAGUGUUUCUCAUCCACCAAGAUCUGCAGCUCUAACUGUCUGUGAUGAUGGUUAUGAGGUUUACGAAAGUUUGGGGGCUUUCACGUCAUCUGAAUCUAUAUCACCAGUCACACCAAUCGAGCUGAACAAAAUCCUCAAGAACAGUACGAUGUCAGAGGAGACAAAAGCAAAAUUCACUAAGGCAAUUAAAUCUUUCUACACACCUGCUCCAGGAGCAUUAACUGCAUCCUCUUCCAACAUCCAGCCCUCUGCUCCUCCUCUUGUGAUCAGUAGAUGUUCUCCAACUGGUGACUGGCUUACUGCUGCUCCUGAGUGCCGAAAAAUGCGAUGUCAAGAACCUCCUAUCUUAAACAAUGGACACGUAUCAACAGACAAUGCUGUUGGAGCACCUUACUUUUAUCAAGAUAGCCUUAACUAUCAAUGCGAUAUUGGCUACCAGUUCAACAGCUCACAGCCACUCCUUGAUCAACCAAUAACGUGCAUAUAUAACCAAGACACCUCAUCAGUGGAAUGGUCAUCUUUAUCAUCUUGUGUUAGAAAAAUCUGUAGCAAUCCUGACUUUUUAGCUGAAAACCAUGCGUUGUAUUCUGUUCUCCAUUUUCCAGAAGGAUCAACUCCACUAGAUGAUAUUACACAGUCAACACAUUACUAUGAAACAUUGAUCCAAUAUCAAUGUCAAUCUGGUUAUGAGACUAACUCAACAGAAGAUAUGCUGUUGGCAAACUGUAAUGCAGAUCAAACAUGGUCAAAUGCCCCACCACACUGUACAGCAAAAGACUGUGGUGUUCCGAUUGCCCAAGAUCCCAAUGGAUAUAUGAUACCAGACUCGCAUACAAAGUAUGGAAGCCAGCAUCUAUAUGGUUGCAAUGAAGGAUAUUUCUCUUUAUUUGAAGGACCUAUAACCAUCACCUGCACAGAAGAAGGUGUCUGGUCAUCUGAUUUCGUACAGUGCAUACCAGUUAAUUGUGGGGCACCAGAAGAACCACUGCAUGGUUAUUACACUGAGGAUGUCUUCACAUUUCCCAACAUUAUCACAUACUCUUGCUACCCAGGAUAUGAGCUAUUUGGGUCGGAAUCUGUAGACUGCCAACCCGAUGGUAAUUGGAGCGACAUUGCACCUCUCUGUGAACCAGUAGAUUGUGGCAGAAUUGCUGCAAUCGCACAUGGAAAAUUUUAUAUGAAUUCAACUCUCUUUGGAAACAUAGCAGCAUUCCAGUGUGUCAGUGGUUAUGAGUUGUUUGGCCCAAACACUCUUGAAUGUCUAUCUGAUGGGUUUUGGAGUGACGAACCACCAGAAUGCCUCCCUGUUGAUUGUGGGCCAUUGGAGGAGCCACAAAAUGGAACUGUUUAUGGUAUGGGCCAACAUUUCCAAUCAACUGUUCACUUCUCAUGUGAUAUUGGCCAUCUUAUGUUUGGUAGUUCCAACUCCACCUGUCUAUUUGAUGGCUUAUGGUCAAGUGAUGCCCCCGAGUGUUUUCCUGUUGACUGUGGCACCCCACCACUUGUACCAAAUGCUGAUUUUAACUGGGAUGGCUUCUUAUCCACCUACACAACUGUUGUGGUGUAUGAAUGUAAUGCAGGAUAUGAGUUUUCACUUUUUAACCUACCCAUGGUAGAAUGCAAGGAGAAUGGAUUGUGGACCCCCCCACCAACUUGUUCUAGAGUUAAAUGUCAAUUCCCUGAUUCACCUGUAAAUGGAGAGAUAUUAAUGGAGUCAUUACCACCAAGACCUUACCUUGAGUAUGAAGACUUAAUCACUUACACUUGCAACAGUGGUUACAUACCGAGUGGUACAGUGGUAACUGAGUGUACAGCAUUACAAAACUGGUCCAAUCCACCACCACUGUGCAUGAGAAAAGACUGUGGAAUGCUCCCAGGUGUUGCUCAUUCAAGCACCAAUGGAACCGGUCAUCUCUUCAUGGACAUCAUCAUUUACAUAUGCGAUAAUGGGUAUGAACCUGUCAGCAACACCGUACUUGAAUGUAUGGAUAAUGGCUUCUGGAGUCAUGAGUUGCCAGUAUGCAAGCCUGUAUCAUGUGGUCAACCACCUAACAUUAGGCAUGCAAGCCAGCUUGGUGGACAUGAUAAUGAAAGUCAAGUUUUCGAAAGUAUGGUCAUGUAUGAAUGUGAUCAAGGCUACCAUCUCAGUGGUCACGUAACUGCCCGUUGUUCUGCUGAUCGCACGUGGAGAUUUUUUGGUGAAAAUGGUCCCGGGGGACCUUCAGUUACUGGACGGGCACUUUGUCGAAAAACUCCUUGUCCUUUACCCCCAGUGGUUGAAAAUGGCAUUCAUAUAAAUCGGAAUUACACCCAUGGGGUUACAGUUAGCUAUGAGUGCCACGUGGGACAUGAAAUGACACAAUUCUCAGAAGAGCUGUUAACUUGUACAUCAAAUAAAGGGGAUGUAAUGGGUUACUACUCUGGUCUACCACCUGCAUGCUCUCCUGUGCAGUGUGGUAACCCUCCAACUAUUACAAACGGUUAUUAUGUAACAAAUGGAGUGACUUUCCAAAAGACAGCAACAUAUUCAUGCAAUAACAAUGGAUAUAUUCUCACAGGACCAAUGCAAUCCAUAUGUCAGAGUGACAGAACAUGGUCUCCACAACCAAGUUGCCAACCAAGAGAUUGUGGUCCUCCCCCUGUAGUUGAACAUGCUGUAUUGAAUAUAACUUCUACUCUUUAUCCAUCUGUUGUGCAAUAUUCAUGCAAUACAGGAUAUGAAACAGAAGCACUUAGCACACUACAGUGUACAGAAGAUGGGACAUGGUCGGCAAGACAGUGGUCAUGUGACCCUGUACCUUGUGGCUCACCACCUAACGUCAGUCACGCACAGUUUAGUGCAAGUGAAACAACUUUUCACAGUGAGGCUGUAUACAAAUGCAAUGAAGGAUUCUAUAUGAACUUACAUGGACGCCAGAGACCUACAGUUACCUGUUUGGCCACGAAAUCGUGGUCAGAGCCACUAUUUGAUUGCUUACCAGUGUCUUGUGGUGAUGCACCACAACUUACAUCUGGAGAAUGGAGCAUGAUACAGAAAAGCUCCUGGCAGAAUAUGCCAGGAAGUGGAAUGCUGUAUGGAGACGCAUCUGUUUAUUCAUGUGAUCCUGGUUAUGAGUUAGAAGGCAAUGCUACGAUAUUUUGUACAAGCACAGCCACUUUUAGUUCACCACCGCCUGAGUGCAACCCAGUAAUAUGUGGCACACCAUCCAACAGGGGGACUUCACAUUUGGUCGUUCUGUAUGAUGACAUUACAUUUGGGCAUUCUGCUACCUAUGUCUGUGACUUCGGAUUUGUUGUCAGAUAUGCAAAUGGCAACGAAACUUUAUCCCAUACAUCCCAAUGCACUUCUGAAAGAACAUGGAGCCCUGCUAUUCCAUCCAAUGCUUGCCAACCUGUUGAAUGUUCUAUUCCACCCAGUGAGAUAGAACAUGGACAAAUUGUACAAACUGUGCCACCAAAAAGCAAACAUGUUUACAGGGAUAGUGUCAGAUACAAUUGCUUGGAGGGGUAUGAGGCAAAUCCUGAGUCUUUAACCAUCACAUGUCAGGGUUCUGGUCAGUGGUCUGCUGUGCCAAGUUGUACACCAGUAGUCUGCCCUGAUCCAUUGUGUGAUCACCCUGCCUCCUGUGUGUUUACUGGGAAAACUUUUAACCAGCAAGCUGUUAUAACUUGUAAUGCGGGAUAUGAGUUUGCUGACAAUGUCAGAUCAAUUACAAUUCUAUGUGCAGCAAAUAAGAUGUGGCAAUCUAUGAAUGUGGAUAUAAUUACUGCUGACUCAACAGGCUGUAGAAGACACUCAUGUGAAGAGCCAAUCGAAAUCAAGCAUGGAAGUCACAUGACUAACUCCCAGUUGUACCAGUCAACAGUGAACUACACUUGUGACCCAGGAUAUCAAAUGACUGACACAUCUGUUACAACUUUAACUUGUGAUGAAGAUAAAACAUGGAGACCUCAUCCGCUGCCAGUUUGUGAAGCAAAAGACUGUGGACCACUCCCAUGUCCUGUACAGGCCAACUGCGAGUUUGGUGCCACAACAUUUGGCUCAGAUUUCCGCAUUUCCUGUAGAGAGGGGUAUGAACUUUCGCGUGAUGUCUUUCAUACAGUGUACCAAUGUAUGGAAACUGGAGCAUGGUCAAACCCAAGUGAUUUUGACUGUUUGCCCGUCAAAUGCUCAAAACCAAAGAAAAUAUUAAACGGGAAAAUCUCAACUGGAAACGCAGGAAGUCGUCCAGUCUAUUUAAGUGUGGUUGGUUAUGAGUGCGAUCAUGGCUAUGAAUUGGAUGGUCCUGUUGAGAUCACCUGUCAAUCAAACAAAGAAUUUUCCUCACAGCCACCUGUAUGUAAACCCGUAUCAUGUGGAAAGCCUGCAGCUAUAUCUAAUGGCAUGGUUAUGUAUUCAGGUUCCACUUACAAGCAUAAUGCAAGUUAUAGCUGUGAUCAAGGCUACUAUCGCGUGGGUGGUUUACAAUGGACAUGUGCAGCAGAUAGGCAGUGGGUGCCUACAUUGUCAAGCAUAGAAACUGGCAAUGAAGGAGUUUUCACAAGAAAUCGACGUUCAGCGGAAGUGCUUGAAGGCUCAGCAAACUUAGAAGGAUCAGGCAUUACCAAACCAGUGGAAAAUGAACCAAAUCCACCUCCACUUGCUGCAAUAAGAUCUUCAGUUUUUGCAGCUGCACCAUUAACAAUAUUGCCAACUUGCGAAAGAGUUCCAUGUGGAAAUGCUCCUUCAAUUGAGAAUGGAACACCUGUGAACAGUGACACCAGCUUUUUCUAUCAAGAUACUGUUGCAUACAUCUGUGACAAUGGCUACAGAUUUGUUGGUAGAAGCGUUCUUACAUGUUUGAAAGAUGGUUCAUUCGGUCCCACCCCACACCCAUUUUGUGAGAGGGUACCAUGUGGAUCACCACCCUCCAUACUACACUCUGUAUACAGAAUUACAUCACCAUCAGGUGGUGUCGCCCACAACGUAUACCAAGAUACUGCUAUAUACAACUGUUCCAGUGGAUUUGAGCACAAAGAACCCAACCCUUCUAAACUUCUAACAUGCUCUGCAAGUGGGACAUGGCUUCCAACACACCCUGACCCAUGUCUGCCUAUUGUUUGCCCUGAACCUGUUGUACCACUGCAUUCUCAAGUAUUGGGUACCAGUUACAAUUUUAGAGACAACAUUACCUACUUGUGUAAUGAAGGAUACGAUCUUAUAGGCCAUGCUGUACUUGGCUGCAAAGCAAACCGAAAAUGGUCAUCUCCACCACCCACCUGCUCCCCUGUUUCAUGUGGCUAUCCCAGCAAUAUACAUCAUGGAACUCAUGACCAGCAGUCCGGUAAGGCUUCCCGUUUCACAUACUUGAAACAAGUAAACUACACUUGUGAAGAAGGUUAUGAAUUCACCCCUAAUUCAAAUCCCAUCCUUACCUGUCAAUCAAAUCGCAAAUGGAAUUUUGACUCACCUAAAUGUGUGCCUGUGUCAUGUGGUCAUCCUGAUUUAAUAAUCAAUGGAAAAUAUAACGGGACUUUCACUUAUGGAAGCACAGUACAGUAUUCAUGUGAUUGUGGCUAUGAAUUACAGGGAGAGGCAAUAAUACACUGCUUAGCGAAUCGGUUAUGGAGUAAUGGCGCCGCUAUGUGCUCUCCCGUGAGCUGUGAUCAUGCACCACGAGUGGCUCACAGCCAAGAUCAUGUCUUGAUUGGAAAAAAUGAACAUGAAGUUACUUUCACGGGCACUGUCACAUACACAUGCCUCCCAGGUUAUAUUUUGACCGGGGCUAGCACUCUCACUUGUACACAUGAUGCUACAUUUGAUUUGCCUGCACCAGUAUGUGCUCCUGUAUCCUGUGGUGAACCUGUUAUGCCACACAAUGGUCGAAUUAAAACACAAACUGGAAUACUCUUCAAUGAUUCUGUUGUGUAUGAAUGUUACAAUGGCUAUGAGCGAACACCAGGAUCCUCAUUUGCUGCCGAAUGCACUGAAAAUGGUACAUGGAGUGCUGGAGCAUUGGAAUGCCAGCCAGUUCCUUGUGGAGAACCCACUCCUAUUAUUGAGAAUGGUCAUGUAAACUUCACAAAUACUGUUUAUCAGUCUAUAGCUGUUUAUUCAUGCAUACCAGGUUAUGAAAUCAGCAUGUCAAACUGUGCUAUUGGAAGGUAUUGCAUGGAGUGUAAUGCUCAUGGCAUCUGGGAAAAUGAGGACAGUGUUGAAAUACCAGUUUGUACCGCUCUGAACUGCUCAGAUCCAGAACAUGUCGAGUUUUCUGUAUCAAACAUGUUUAACAAUACAUUUGGCUCAACACUGGAAUACACCUGUGAACCUGGUUAUGAACUUAUUGGCAACCCUAUAAUGCAAUGCCAAGCAGAUUACAGUUGGGGCCCAGAUCCUUUCCCUAUCUGUGAACGAGUGUCUUGUGUUGAGCCAGAAGUUGUGAAUGCCACCAUUGAAGUCAUGGCAAAGGAACCUAAUGAUAGUUCAGCAUUCAAGUUUGCAGAUGCACUUAAAGUGACCUGUUACCCUGGACACAGUAUGGAAGGAAAUAAGUUAGUUUACAACCCAUAUAAUCUCCUAUACGUUUCUUCACAAAUACACUGGUGCAACAGUAGUGGGUUAUGGGAUUAUGAGUUCAGUCCAUGUGUUCCAAUAACUUGUUCACAACCUUCUUAUGUGCCACAUGGUGACGACUAUUGGCCAAAAAAAGAUGUUUAUGACUUUGAUGAAGCUAUUGCACUUCACUGCAUAGAAGGUUAUGAGUCAAAACAUACAUCCCGCAUUUCAAAAUGUGUCUACAACAAUGUUUGGUCUCAUCAUUAUGAAACUCCGGGGACGUGUAGUCGUGUACAGUGUCCACUUGAUCCCACAAUAGAGAAUGGAUUUGUAGACAGUCACAAAUACGAAAGACUUCCCUUUGAAUUUGGAUCUAUAGUAACUUUUAUGUGUAUACAAGGUUACUUGAUACAAGGAAAUGCCAAUGCUACUUGCACAUCAUCAAAAACCUGGUCACAGCUUCCUGUAUGUGCGCCUGCCCCUUGUUCCCCACCUCCUGCAAUAGAACAUGCUUUUUACACAAUAGAGCAUAUGCCAAUCUUUGCACCACCAGUAGUAUCAGAUGAGCCACUUCCUCCUGGACCGUAUAGUGAUGUUGGGGGUUCAGAACCUCUACCUCCAGAUGUACAGAUUCAUUCUAUUUCUUCUCUUGAAGAAAUGCCACCACCAUCUCUUGGCUUCAAACUCGGUGACAUAGUAAUGUACAGCUGUGAUCCUGGUUACCAGCUUCACAAUCCAUUUGAUAACUACAUGGAGUGUGGGGUGGAUAACCAGUUUGAAGGUCCACUUAUAUCAUGCAAAGCUGUUACUUGCCAUUCAGCACCUACUAUACAAAAUGGUCGCUUCAAUGCUAACUCUACAACUUUUGGUCGCACUAUAACUUACACUUGUGAUGAGGGUUAUGAAGCUACAUCACUGGUUACUUUCAUCUGCACAGCAAAUAGAACAUUCAUGGCAGGUUCUACAUUGCAAGAGGCAAACUCUCAACGUCCAGGUUGUGCUCGUGUCAGUUGUGGCCAGGCCCCUAUUGUUAACAAUGGUGUAGUUGUUGGUGCUAAAAGGUUGCUCUACCUCUACAAUGAUGAGGUCACCUAUGCAUGUAAUAGUGGUUACUACAUGGUUGGAGAAAGUACAUCACGGUGUACAUCUGACCGUUUGUUGAUACCACCAAUAUGCUUACCUGUGUUUUGUGGUGUGCCAGCUCAACUGCCUAAUUCUGUUCUUGUAUACAAUACCACCUUUUUCCAAGACCUAGCAAGCUAUCAGUGUGAUGAAGGUUAUGUAGAUGAUUCAGACACUAUAAGUUGUCAAGCCAAUGGUAAUUGGUCUAUGCCAACUUUACUUUGUAAAAAAGUUGAUUGUGAAACACCACCUGAUGUCGAAUUUGGCUUAGUUGAAAUCACUGGAACAAAAUAUGGUGACCAUGCUAACUACACCUGUUUACCUGGAUACACAAUAUCUGAUCGUACACUGAGUACUUGUGAAGCAAGUGGAAAUUGGUCAGAAAUUUGCCCUCUUUGUUCUCCUGUUAAAUGUAGACCACCUGCUGUAAUUGAUAAUGGCCACCAUACUGCACAAGGAAACUACACUUUUGGGGAGGCAGUGGUAUUUUCGUGUAAUAGAGGUUAUCGAAUGGUUGGUGUAAGUUUUGCAUUGUGCAAUGCUGAAGGUCAUUGGUCCACCCCACCUCCUUCCUGCCAUAGAAAAUCAUGUGGACUUGCUCCUUUUGUUUCAAACUCUGUUUUCCAACCUGGGGAGUUGUUGUUUGGGGACGAGGUUGAGUACAGCUGUCUUUUCGGAUAUGAAAUGGCUGGUCAUGACACAAUAUCGUGUGGUCCUGGUGGGUUCUUAUCUCCUCUACCAAGGUGUGAUCCAUUACCAUGCCAAGAAUUUCCUCGUGUCAAACACGCAACACUCGUGACAGAUCCUUCCAAUGGUGUAGUAUUUGGUGAACGAAUUGUAUUUAACUGCAAUGAAGGGUAUCGACUUGCUACCAGUUCAAACUGGAUGGAGUGUACAGGUCAUGGGAAGUUCAAUUUCACAUCAAAUACUGUCCGAUGCCAGCCAGUUGAAUGCCCAAUGCUUCAUCCAAUCGAUCAUGGUACUCUAUCACGUGAUCAUGGUGUUUUUAAUGAUGAAGUAACUUACUCAUGUAGUGAAGGAUACAAUUUGGUGGGUCUAUCAAUAGUUGUAUGUAAUGCUAAUGGAACGUGGACAGCUCAACCGGUUUGUCAACCAGUGGAAUGUGGAUCUGCCCCAAUCAUUAAAAAUGGGAAUGUGCUUGAUGAGCAACGUACCUAUACGUACAAUAUGCGUGUUAGCUAUGCAUGCGACAUAGGAUAUGAAAUGAGUCUUAUCAAUGGACAUAGCAGAUUGUGCCAAGCAGAUGGAAGUUUUACAUCACAUCCUAUAACAUGUAGACCUGUAGAGUGCCCAGAGCUUCCACCUGUGUUCAAUGGUAUUAUUGAUCUGUCUGGUACCACGUAUCUGACAACAGGAAUUUUAAUUUGCAAAGAUGGGUAUGAACUUAACAUAGGAGACAAUAAUGUUGAAUUUACAUGCCAGGCCAACCGCACAUGGUCCAAUGAUGUAACAUCAGUCUCUUGCAACCCGGUACCAUGUGAUACACUGCAGCCUUUAGAGCAUGGCUACAUUAAUGUAAAAGAGAGGCCUGAUACAACUAUGUUAAAUGGAGCAAGGACAACUACUGUUGCUGGAGAUGAUGAUGUUCUGAGUCUGCACUUUGGUUCUGCUGUGGAGUAUCUUUGCAACCGUGGAUACUAUUUAUCGGAGGGUUUAAAUGAGCUGUCAUGCAUGGGUGAUGGUAGUUGGGGCACGACACCCCCACUUUGUAACCCAGUAGAAUGUGGGAAUGCUCCUAUUGUGGAAAAUGCAAGAGUUCCAGUUAUGACAUACACAUUCAACAUGAGUGCGCAAUACGAGUGUUUGACUGGGUACAUCUUUAGAAGUGUUGAGACAUUCCAAAUGUGUUUGGAGAAUGGGGAGUUUACUGAUUACAAUAUAGCAUGUGAUCCAGUAUCUUGUCCCUUACCGCCAUUGGUCGAAAAUGGUCACACAUCAGUGACUUCGGCAGUGUAUGGUGUUACUGUGUCCUACCAUUGUGAGCAUGGGUAUGAAAUGAUUGGCAGUGACACAACAACAUGUACAAGCACAGGUCAAUACUCAACACCGUACCCAUUAUGUCAUCGCAUUUCAUGUGCUGAAUUACCAUCUUUACUUUUCUCCAAUGUUGUUGUGGGUGGGACAAGGUUUGGAGAUGUUUCAACCAUUGAAUGUAUUACCGGGUUCAUGUUUCCAGAUGGUGGAACUACCAUCACCAUUUCUUGUGGGGCGAAUCGAACCUGGUCACAUGACAUAGAGCACAUCACAUGUGACCCAGUACCUUGUCCACCUGCACCUGUGGUUAAACAUGCUACCAUCAAAACUUAUGCAAUUGGUCAACAUGUGUUUGGUGAUGUAGCUGAUAUACUGUGUGAUGAAGGGUAUGAGUUGAAUGGUCCAGAUUUCAUGGAAUGUUCAGAGCAAGGGCAAUGGACAGCUGAAUCAACAUGUGAACCAAGAGCAUGUGGUCAAGCUCCGGCAGUAGAUAAUGCUUAUACACUUAGAGAUGCAUCUUAUAUAUAUGAAUAUGGGGAUACAGUGACCUAUGGUUGUUCUACUGGUCAUUCCCUUGUGGGUGAUGCAGCCACUGUUGACUGUGGACCCCAUGGUGACUUCAGCUUGCCUACUUUCAGAUGCACACCAGUAGUGUGUAGCGAAAUACCACCAAUUCCCCAUGCAACCACUGAUGGCAGUGGAGUGACGUUUGGAAGAGAGAUCACAAUAAGAUGUGAUCCUGGUUAUCAUUUCUCUUCAACAACUGAAGAUCAGCUUGUUAUUAUUUGCCAGCAAAACGAAAUAUGGUCCAAAUCUCCGACAAGUAUACAAUGCCUUCCAAACGCAUGUGAACAACUUCUACCUCUUACAUUUGGUAAGAUUACAGAAGUAAGUGGGAAUCAUGAGCCUUUUCUGGGUCCUGAGAUGGUAAACUUGAACUACCCUGCUUCCAUCACUUACCUAUGCAACCCUGGAUACACUUUAGUGGGCCGAUCUAAGAGGAAGUGUCAAACAAAUGGAGCUUGGGACAGCCAUGCAGCAUUCUGUCAACCAGUUGACUGUGGAUCUCUCCCUAUGUUACUGCAUGGUAGCAUAGAUUCUAUGGAUCGAACAACUUUUGGAAACCAGGCACGAUACGAAUGUGAUGUGGGAUACCAGCUCAUACCGGCUGAAUCCAGUGUUCGAACUUGUCUUGAAACUGCUUCAUGGAGUGGCCUGCCUCCAUUUUGCCAGCGUGUGUCAUGUGGAAGACAUCAUCCACUAAGCAACGGGGUGCUCUCCAAGAGGGGAGUGAUCAGAUAUGGAUCCUCAGUUUACUUCAAUUGCGAUGAGGGGUACACACUUAUAGGAGAUAAUGAAAGAACAUGCGAUGCAGAUGGUAACUUCAAUGGUGUGCAACCCAUAUGUGAACCUAUAAGCUGUGGUAGCCAUCCUGAUGUUGUGAAUGGUAGAGUGGAACCUGAUGAUGUGACUCACUUUGGUGAAACUGUCAACAUAACUUGUGACCCAGGAUUUUCGCUGUAUAGUGGUAAUGAGACACGAACUGCCAAAGUAAUGGCAACUGGUCUGGUGAUGAUCCAGUCUGUGCUUCUCUUAUGGUUGGUAGAUUUUCAUUUGCAUCGGACUUUUCAGCAUUAACUGAUGGAUGUUAUGCACCUGAGGUGGAGGGAAGAAAUGUUAAAUUACUGCAUGGGGAUGAGAUACUUCCCCACUACGAACUUGACAGUGAACUUCAUUUCUGCUGCAUGCCGGGGUACAGAGCUGUAUCUCAACUUACUAUUCAAUGUGUAGAUGGAAGAUGGACAGAUCAACCAGAAUGUGCUUCUCUUUGUCGCCAUCGGUGUCUGCAUAGUGGGAGUUGCGUCGCUCAUGAUAAAUGCUCGUGUGUGAAUGGUUGGUCUGGUAACAGAUGCCGACACCCUACAUGUAUCUUGCCAUGCAUGAAUGGGGGAUACUGCUCUGCUCCAUACACAUGCACUUGUUCUCCUGGGUGGACUGGUGAAAGAUGCCAAACACCAUUCUGCACAAAGAGCUGCCAGAAUGGUGGACAGUGUGUGUCUCCAGAACAAUGCAAAUGUCCCUAUGGAUAUUUUGGUGAAGAUUGUAGUGAAGAGAGAUCUUACUUUGGUCUCUAUUGGUAGAAACGAUACAUUUUGCGCUCUAUGGAUUUGACCCCGGACUUGUCAUGACCUGAUUUUUCUUUGUUUUACUUUCAAAUAUAUUCAACCUGCAUUGACU